AUGACCGGGACUUCCCCUCUAUUUGAAAAGUUUCUAUUGCUUCACUACCAUGACAGUUGCCCAGCAUCCCAGUUCAAGCUCCUUCCGUUCAAGUGGGCAGAAGGCCACGACUUCCACAUCUUUGCAUGUUGGGAAGGCACUGUCAGCCUUCCAGGCCUCUUCAAGGCCGAUAACGACCAAGACCGCGCGUACGAGCUCGCUCAGGAAAUCGCCGGCGAUGAAGAUGGACCCGAGUCCGAGGCCCUCUGCUCCUUCGGAUACGCUGGUCUCAUGGCCGACGGGGUUAACAUUCUUGACAAAUCCGCAUUGGAGAGUGUCCGCCAAAAGCUCGACGCUGGCCUUGGUGACAAACUCAUCGGCAAGUACCGGGCCCUCGCGGCUGCUACCGACAACUCCUGGAACGAGCACGAAGCCAAGUAUAAGGUCAUCAUUCUGGGUGCACUCCUGAUGGGGACCGGCGCGAAAUCAGAGACCACGACCUUCAACAUCUCCGUCAGCUCGCUUCCGAGGUUCAAUGCAACGAGAACUUCACAGUCGCCUUUGCUGAUACAGGGUUUCGAGGUCCGGGUAAAAGGCAGUUUCUCGCCGCCCUGGACAAUUACUCGCCCGGAACUCCACGCAGUUACGAGCCAAGUUGCCGACACUGGAAAGGCCCCCUUGAAGUGCAGUGGUUGUCCGAAGGGCUGGUUCUGCGAUAAGAAAGUCGUGGAAAGGCAGAAAGGGUUGUGA